GGCAUCUUGUUUCUGGAAAGAAGAGCGUCCGGCUUGACGGGGAGCGCGCACGUACAUUUACGUAGCGGUCUGUUUACGUCCAAUCUGAGGGGGUCGAAGCUUCAGUUUGAGCAACGAAAGUGUUGCUUGUAAACACCGCUUAGCGCCAUAGCAUGGGGCUUUUUUAACAUUUCGUUCAUGAAAGUCCUUCCAGAAGCCGCAUGUAGGCUGACUUAAAUCAUGCCGUGAUGGAGUAAUUAUUUAUUUUUCGGACAGCACGAGCUGGGACGACAGACUUUGAUGCUAAGGCUAGUACAGUAGCUAGGAAAGCAACUUAGGUGUAGGGGUUGAAUCAGCCUUACCGCAGUGACAGUUUCUGUCUGUCUAUGUUAGCCAUCAGCUGUCGCUGGCUACUGCUGCUAGCUAGCCCAUGUGUAGCUAUAGUUAUUGCCUCCCAGUGGUGGAAAAAGUGUUCAGGUCCUUUAACGACUCUUGUGGAAGUUUGAGGUCCUUGAGGGAUUCUCAAAGCAACAUGGCUCCUAAAGACAUCAUGACCAAUUCCCACGCCAAAUCCAUUCUCAAUGCCAUGAACUCGCUUCGCAAGAGUAACACACUCUGCGACAUCACUCUGAGGGUUGAGAAUACAGAUUUUCCCGCCCAUCGGAUUGUCUUGGCAGCCUGCAGUGACUAUUUCUGUGCCAUGUUUACUAGUGAGCUUGCAGAAAAGGGGAAGUCUUUUGUUGACAUUCAAGGACUGACUGCAUCUACCAUGGAGAUCUUGUUGGACUUCGUCUACACAGAAACGGUGCUUGUCACGGUGGAAAAUGUUCAAGAAUUACUCCCUGCAGCCUGUUUGCUUCAGCUGAAAGGAGUGAAAAGGGCCUGUUGUGACUUUCUGGAGAGCCAGCUGGAUCCCUCCAACUGUCUGGGUAUUCGAGAUUUUGCUGAAACCCACAACUGCCUCGACCUGAUGCAGGCGGCUGAGCUCUUCUCACAGAAGCAUUUCUCUGAGGUGGUUCAACACGAGGAGUUUAUGCUGCUGAGUCAGACAGAAGUUGAAAAGCUCAUAAAAUGUGACGAAAUCCAGGUGGACUCGGAGGAGCCUGUGUUUGAAGCUGUGCUGAAUUGGGUGAAACACAACAGAAAAGAGCGAGAGCCUUACCUCCCCGACAUGCUGGAGUUUGUCCGAAUGCCCCUGCUUACCCCCCGCUACAUCACGGAUGUCAUUGAUGCUGAGCCUCUCAUUCGGUGUAGCCUGCCGUGUCGAGACCUUGUUGAUGAGGCCAAGAAAUUCCACUUACGACCAGAGCUGAGAAGCGAGAUGCAGGGACCGCGAACUCAAGCCAGAUUAGGUGCCAAAGAAGUCCUGCUGGUUAUUGGGGGGUUUGGCAGCCAGCAGUCACCCAUAGACAUAGUAGAGAAAUAUGAUCCCAAAACUCAAGAAUGGAGCUUUCUACCUAAUAUUGCCCGUAAAAGGCGUUACGUGGCUACGGUUUCCUUACACGAUCGAGUCUACGUGAUCGGAGGCUACGAUGGCCGAUCCAGACUCAGCUCCGUGGAGUGCCUGGACUACACAGCAGACGAAGAUGGCGUGUGGUACACCGUCGCCACCAUGAAUGUGCGCCGAGGGCUUGCUGGAGCCACAACACUCGGAGAUAUGAUAUAUGUUGCUGGAGGCUUUGAUGGAAGCCGCCGGCAUACCAGCAUGGAACGAUAUGAUCCCAACAUUGACCAGUGGAGCAUGCUGGGAGAUAUGCAGACGGCGAGGGAGGGAGCUGGUCUGGUGGUGGCGAGUGGGCUAAUAUACUGUCUAGGUGGAUACGAUGGCCUUAACAUCUUGAAUUCAGUGGAGCGGUAUGACCCUCACACGGGACACUGGACGAGUGUCACACCCAUGGCCACAAAGCGCUCUGGAGCUGGCGUGGCUUUACUCAACGACCACAUUUACGUGGUGGGAGGCUUUGAUGGCAUUUCACAUCUCGAUUCUGUAGAGGUGUACAACAUCAGAACAGACUACUGGACUACUGUAGCCAGUAUGACCACACCUCGAUGUUACGUUGGCGCAACUGUCCUACGAGGGCGACUUUAUGCCAUUGCAGGGUACGACGGGAACUCGCUCCUCAGCAGUAUUGAAUGUUAUGACCCAGUUGUUGACUCCUGGGAGGUCGUCACGUCAAUGGCAACCCAGCGCUGCGAUGCAGGCGUCUGCGUUCUUCGAGAAAAGUGACAUUCAGCUCAUGUUAGACCCGUAGGAGGACGAGCAGACAGAAGGACAUGCGGCAUCUGAAAGAAACAGAGCCACAGAGAAGUAUGUAAGAUGCAAACAGAAGCUCAGAUAAAUAAAAAACGUGCCGCAGUUACGCCUCCAGAGGACGGUUAGGCCUUCUUCAGUCAAACUGCCACAGCAUCACGGUGGUACAUUUCACCUCCAAAGAGCCCAUCACUAAUGCAUGACUCUUGGGUGGUACCUGUGUCUGUCAUACCUGUGAGAUUAUAUUUUCAGUGUCUUCAAAGUGCAAUAUAUUUUUACUCAUCAAAAGAAAAGAAAAACCAUGGAGCAUGUUUAGACUCCAGUUGCUGCUAUACGCCUUACAUCCAACAUCAAACAUUCAUGUUGCCUCUAUUUUACUGACACUUAAACAUGACUGAAUGGACUCGAUGUGACAUUUACACUGUCAUUAUUGGGUAUUAAACCCUGUCGUGCAUUUCGUUGCCUGUAAGCUUUACUUUGGAAUGAAAAUCACUUUACUACAAAAACCUUAUUUCUUAAAAGUUAUAUUCAAAGAUGCUUUUAGAAAGACUUUGAGUUGCAUGAUAUUUUCUUUUCUUUUUUUUUUAUUAUUUUUGUUUCCAUGUUGCAUCUAAAGUUGGGACUCUGUAUAAAUAGGAUACAAAGUCCUGAUGUCAUUGAGAAGAAAAGAAAAAUAAAAACAAUCUAAAAAAGAAA